AUGGCCGCAAACGCCCUUCUCGAUCGACUUGUCGGCCUCGCAAUGCUGAUCCUCGCCUCCACUGUUUUCUUAUAUUAUACCACGUGGACUCUUUUGAUGCCCUUUAUCGAAGACGAAUUCGUCCAAUCCUUCUUCCCUCCUCGAGCCUGGGCCGUCCGCAUCCCCGUCAUUCUACUCCUGCUCGGCGGCGCUGUGGUGGGCAGUUUCUUGAGCUUGGUCAUGAUCCGGAGUAAUCGCAAGAAGGCGGCCAAGGCGGCACAAAAGGCGAAGGCAAAGUGA